AUGGUUGACUCCAGCGAUGACUCCACCUCAGAUUGCUUUGAAAUCAGGCGCAAUAGCAAUGUCAACAAACCUUUUCCUUGGUCUCCUCUCACGAGGAAGCAUGAGGACGAUGAAGUCAUCUCCGGUACGGAAGCGAUGCUCAGAAGGAGAAAGCAACCAAAGACAACGAUGGCAUUUGUAUCUUCUUCCUCAACCCGAAAGAUCAUUUGGGCCAAAAAUGCAACAGAAAGUGCUUCUAACGAGAAUAUGCAAGACCAAGCAAAGAAGAAUGUGCCCUGUGUGGAGCAAGAGCAGGACGCACUUGAGGCAGCAGCAUCGUUUCGAAGUUUAGAGAAAAAUCAACAGAAAAUGAAGCUUGAGAAUUUGGAAAACCUUGGAGCUCAACGAAUAUAUGAGCUACUUGAUGAAUGGAAUGCAUUGAUCAACGAGGAGAAGCAGUUGAUUUUCAAGAAACUGAUUUUCUCUGCAAAGCUUGCAAACGCAUGA